AGCGUUCUGUAUAUAGGGAAGGGAUUGUUGUGUUUCGUUUAUUUUGGUAAAUCUUGAUAUUUUUGCUUGAUAUUAUUUGUUGGUUUAAAGAGCUUUUACAGCAAAGAAUGGAGGAACCCAUUGUCGACCCAAAUUACGAAUUUGAAGCUCCCCAAUUCGUGAAUUUUAACAGCGUGCUUGAAGAAGAUGGCUCCGCCGACUCGUGGUUUGAUGGCAAACCCGACGAUGAAGGAGGAAUACAGAUUCCUACCGAGUUUGACGCGAAUGAAUCGCAGAAUGAAGGGUCGAAACGAAAGCAGGUUGUUGUUGAUGUGUUGCUAACAGAGAAAGCGAAUAGCAAAAUUUCCGAUGCAGAAGCUAAACCAACUCCAAUCGAACAGCAGAAGACAGAGCAAAGCGUAGAAAGUACAAAUGCGAAUGAUGAAGGUAAAAUUCAGGGUAAUAUUAAAGAAGAAAACAUUGAAAUUGACAAAUCAAAAUCCGAAACAAAGUGUGUCUCUGCAGAAUCUGGCGAACAUGUCGUUAGCGAAAAUGGGGAUAGUUUAGUUAAAAAUGACCCCGGAUCGUCGAUAAAUUCAACUGAGUUACUCCCAAAUAAAGUUCCUAAUCAAGAAAUACAGGACAAAAAUAAUAACAUAAGCUCUGGGGAAAGCAUUGUGCAACAAAAAAAUAGCGAAGAUCUUGUUGAAACUGCCGAGAAUGGCGUCGUUGCUAAUGAAGUAGAUCAUAAAAGCUCAGAUAUUGAGAAAACUGAAAGCGAGGUGGAAAGUCGAAAGGAAGGCCAAACUGAUACAAGUGAGAAUUGUUCUACCACUGAAGAAGAUGGACACAAAGAUCAUACAAGCGAAAGGGAACAAAGGGUGACUAGGGUUUCAAAGAGGACCAGAUCACUAAAUACAUCAGCUUCAAGUAAUAUUCCAAACAAAAGAAAAAAGAAGACUAGAGCUUCAGGGGGGAGCAUACAGACAAGACGAUCCAAAUCCAUCUGUAGUAAUCAAGCUCAUCCCACCAUUACUGUUCCUGUUACACCACAAUGUCUCAAACGGCAGAGGACGAACAAACCUGCGAUGAUCAAGUUAAAGACGACGGAGGAGCUUGAGAUGGAAUGCAUUGCAAAACUUCGGAAGCAGACGAAGCGCCAUAUCAAGGUGAACGAGAAUUUAAUGAAGAAAGCCAUCUCGUGCCCGGCCGUGAACGCGGUGAGAGCUGGCGCGAGCCUCACUCGACCCCAGGAAUUUCACUUCCAGACGGACAGACGUGUCAAGCAACAUCCAAUGGCGACGCGUUCCGAACAACCUACCGAAGCGAACGGCGACGAUUCCGAAAAGGGAUUCUGGAAUAGUCUACGACAACAUCCACCAUCACCGUCGUGGAAAAACCGUGCCGCUACCGUGCCAAAGCCAUUCAACCUCAGCGAUGGUGGACAGAAGAAGCGUAAGCGGUCCGCAAUGGACACGGACUCCAAGGAAACAGACUCUUACGAAACGAUGGCGUAUCAAGUCUACAAGUUCCAGACCACGACUCCGCCACGUUUCCGGACGAGAAAGGCGAACGACUCCGGCUUCAAAAGCGACACCGACUGUGGCCCGGAGAAAACCGAGUCGGCGCCGAAGCAUGUCACCUUACCCAAGACUCCAAACCUCAGCACGAAAACAAGAUCUCGUCCUGUGGCUGAGGAUGUCAUAAGCAAGGAGGCAAGAGAAGAAAAAGAAGUUGAAGAAAUGAAAAAUUACAAGUUCAAGGCAAAGCCGUUCGAUCGUCGAAUCGUUGAAUGUGAUGGCAUGUUCGGCGUGAAGAAACCCGAGGAAACGAUCGAGGCGACGAAACCCAAGCCUUUUGUUUUCGAAUCAGGUGAACGGCUGAUUGCCAGAAAAGAUAAAGAACCAGCCGAAAAUGAGGGUGAGGUGUCAAAUUUCAAGGCAAUGCCACAGCCGAAUUUCGAGAAAGUAUUCAAACCACAGUUGAAGCAUGAAAAGACGGCGCCCAAACCAUUCUCAUUCGAAGUAAAAGAUAAGGAAAGAUGGCAGAAAAAAGAGGAAAAGAUUCAUGAGGUUUACAAGGAGGAAGAAAAGUUGCGAGAAUUUAAGGCUCAUCCCUUGCCCUCGGACUCGCCUGACCCACUGCCUGCGGUAUCGUCGAAGUGCGGGACCAGUUUUAGACCAUUCGCACUCAAUACGGAGAACAGGGGAGCGAAGAAAGCGGAAAAAUGGAUCCAAAAGGUGAGAUCAGAACUGGAAGAAUGUCGCAGCAAAGCCACGUUCAAGGCAAAACCGUGCAAAGUUGUCCACGACGCGCCGUUCAUCCCGCAGAAAUCACAAAAACCGCUCACGGAGGUCAGCGAAUUCGCGCUGAAUACGAACCAUCGUGCCGAGCGACGCGAGGAACUGGAGACGAGUAAAAAAGAGCGGGAACAGAUCGACGAGGAUUUACGACGAGAGCGCGAGGCUCAACGAGAGCGCGAAGAAGAGGCAGCUCUGGUGUUACUGCGGAAGAACUUGGUGCACAAAGCCCAACCUAUACACAAAUACAAGAAUGUGAAAGUGAAGCCAAGCGACAAGCCGCUGACCGAAGCACAUUCGCCGGCCUGGAGUGAAAUGAAACGACGAAGGGUCGACAGUCACAGAUAACGUAUUGCUUCUCUCAAAUA